AUGGCUGAUCAUGAACUGAUGACAAUGUGGACGACAAAAUCGGACAGAGAAAGCAGAAGUAUUGAAACAGAUCGACAAUUGGUGUUAUCACGAUUGCAAGAGUUGACUGAAAAGUUAUUGUUACCAUGGAGACGAAAUAUAACUAACAUCAACCGAACGAGGCGUGCGCUCAGUGUUCUGAGAACGAAGACAGAAUUCGUUCUAACAAAAGAAAAUGCGGACAUUGGAAGUCAAGUCAACCUGACCUUGCGAAAGAUGGAGAAGCUCAAGAUGAACAGGAACAUGUACAAGCAUUUGCCGAAGACACUUGAAUUAUCGCAUUACAACACAUGUAGUGUCGUUGGCAACAGUGGUAUACUUCUAGGCAGUGGUUGUGGGAAUGCUAUUGACCAUGCGCAGUUCGUUUUUAGGUGUAACCUAGCCCCAAUUACACCAUAUAUUAAAGAUGCAGGGCGGAAAAGCAGUUUGACAACACUAAAUAAAUCAAUUCUAGAUAAAAGAUAUGGCGGGCUACAUCGGUAUAAUCUAACGAGGUUUGGCCGUGCUCUGAAAGAUUACUCGGGAUACAUUUGGAUACCUCUCCACUCCAAUCUGGAUCGCAUUCCAGUCACGCUGACAGCUGCAUACCUGCUACGAAUUGGAGGACUGCAGGUAUUACUCAUGAACCCAGAUCACUACCUUGGAAUGCAGAACUAUUGGACUUCUCGUGGUAUCACGGGUUAUCUCACAACAGGUUUUUAUAUGACAAUGGUUGCUAUAGAGAUGUGUGACACGGUUGACCUGUACGGAUUCUGGCCUUUCAAUACUACUGGCACUGGGAAUAAUGUCAACUAUCACUAUUACGACGACUUGGUUGGCACAAAAGCUCACAAUUUCUCUGCGGAAUUCUCCAUUUUAAACAAGCUGCACCAUGACGGAAUCAUCAGAAUUAAUAUCAGAAAAUGCCAGAACAGUGCAGCCAACAGUAAUAAUGUCUCAACUGAAAAGUCCACAAUAAAAGUAAAAUAA